AUGGCGGGCACAUUGCCUCCUCUUUUUGAGAUUUCUGAUGAGGAUCAUGGAGGAUAUGUGGCUGUCGCGGUGUAUACACUCUUGGUGCUGAGUAUUUUUAUUGUGGUGACUCGCUUGUUCACUCGGUGGUAUAUCGGUCGCGUGAUACAUUCCGACGAUAUCUUGCUUGGGGCAUCUGCUUACGAUGACAUCUCGCCGGUUUUCAUGGGCAAAUUGGACAUUGAUGGGGGUUAUUACUGCAUGGGCAGUCGGAUCCAUUUUGGCUUUGGCUCUGCGAUGCUCUUUGCCAACUCCUUGGCUGUGGAGCUCAUCGGACCAAUGUAUAAAUCAGAGCUGACAACAGAUUGCUUGCAGGCCGCACUUUUUCAAACGAUCGCAACUUUCAAUAUCAUCACCGAUGUUGCUCUCGUGAUUCUUCCAUGCAUGCUGCUCCGAACAGUGCAGUUGUCUCGAUGGAAACGAUUCAGAAUCAUGGCGCUCAUCGCCAGCAAGUUUUUGGUUUGUGGUGCUACGGGAAUUGAAGUUCAUUAUACUCUUAAAAUGCUUGGUUCGCCCGAUAUACUCUGGGCAAGCACGAACGCUACCGUGUGGGACCAAGUCAUGAUGAAUCUCAGCAUAAUGACAACAACUCUCCCAUCGCUUGGACGCCUAGUUGUCGAACUUCAACCCGAUGUCUAUGCGUUCGCCAUUCACGAUGAAGCCGACGGAACUUCCAAGGGUGGCAAAUAUAAUAUCUCAACCAUGAGAAAGUCAUAUCCAGCAAGGGCCCCUCUCAGUCCAGGAACCUCCACUGAGGUAACCAGUGGGUGGCGGGAAUCAUUCAAGGAUGAUGCCGAGAGUAUGGAGGGACUGGUCAAUCCACCUAAUGUGAUCCAACAAACGAUACACUUCGAAGUUCACUAG